AGCACUAGGGGACAAUGAAAUACAUUCUGGUGACAGGGGGAGUGUUCAGCGGAAUAGGAAAAGGAGUUAUUUCUUCUAGUAUCGGUACUGUGUUAAAAUGCAGCGGAUUAACAGUAACGUCAAUAAAGAUAGACCCCUACUUAAACAUAGACGCAGGAACUUUUAACCCUUACGAGCAUGGUGAAGUGUUUGUCCUGGACGAUGGGGGUGAGGUGGAUUUAGAUUUGGGGAACUACGAGAGAUUUCUAGACAUCACUCUCCAUCGAGAUAACAAUAUUACUACAGGGAAGAUAUACCAAAACGUGAUAUCACGAGAGAGGCGAGGAGACUUCCUGGGUAAGACAGUGCAGGUAGUACCCCACGUGACAGACACUAUAAUGGACUGGGUGGAGCGAGUAGCCCAGAUCCCUGUUAGUGAAACUGGAAAAACUCCAGAUGUGUGUGUUAUCGAGCUGGGCGGUACUAUCGGGGAUAUUGAGGGCAUGCAGUUUGUGGAAGCAUUCCGUCAGUUCCAGUUCAAAGUGGGUCGGGACAACUUCUGUUUGGUACACGUUAGCUUGGUGGUGGAAACUAGCGGUGGUGAACAGAAAACGAAACCAACUCAACACAACGUUCGGGAACUCCGAGCACUGGGUCUAGCACCGGACUUUAUAGCGUGUCGCAGCAAGAGACCCAUCUCAGACUCAGUCAGAUCCAAGAUAUCAUUGUUCUGCCACGUUCCCGAAGUCAAUGUCAUUAACGUUCACGACGUGUCUAAUCUUUACAGAGUGCCGAUACUGUUAGAAGGCAUGAUAAAGUUGAUAAAAGUACAGCUGGAUAUCAAGCCACGUGGUAAAGUCCGACUUAUGAGGAAAUGGCACGAUCUAGCUGAAACUUACGACAGGAUAUAUCAGCCGGUUAACAUUUGUCUUGUUGGAAAGUACACUAAAUUGGAUGACGCGUAUAAAAGCGUGAUAAACGCUCUCGAGCAUGCCUCACUCUUCCUCAACCACAAACUAAAGCUCAGUCUCGUGGAGUCAGACGACCUAGAGGAGGAAGUGCAGAGCGCGGACCCCACCCGGUACCACGCCGCCUGGCAUCAGCUCUGUAGCGCUAAGGGGGUCAUUGUUCCUGGUGGGUUCGGUCAUCGCGGCACUAUCGGCAAAAUGAGCGCUAUACGCUGGUGCAGAGAGAAAAAGAUUCCUAUGUUGGCGGUAUGUUUGGGUUUCCAGUUGGCUGUGAUCGAGUUCGCGAGGAACGUGGUCGGUUUGACGGACGCUAAAAGUGGCGAGAGUCCUGAAGUAUCCAAUAACGUGGUAGUUAUAGACAUGCCUGAACACAAUCAAGGGCAGCUCGGAGGAACCAUGUUACUUGGCUCACGGAGCUUCAACUUCACUCAGGAGUGCAAACUCAAGAACCUCUACGGGAACAAAGACGUGUCCAAGGAACGACAUCGGCACAGGUACGAAGUUAAUCCUGACUACGUAAAACAGCUGACGAAGGCAGGAAUGCGGUUCGUAGCUGCUAACGAGGACGGGACGAGGAUGGAAGCGUUCGACUUGUCCGGACCUGAUCACCCUUACUUUGUAGGAGUCCAAUACCAUCCGGAGUACCUGACUAGACCCCUCAACCCCUCCCCGCCAUACCUGGGUCUCUUACUUGCUUGCUUAGAUCAGUUGGAUAACUACCUGGCCAUCCCGGUAGAGAAGCGUUCCAAGUGGAGACUGCAGACUAGGCGGGAUUUAAUAGACCAGUCUGAUGAGUACGAUGAAGAGGAGGAAGAGGAGGAUGAAGACACAGCGAGUACGAGUAGAGUGUCAACCAGUACCAGUCAGGAUUUAGUUGUGUUCCGAACAGUCAGAGCAGUUUUCCAUCUCUCCAGAGCUUUACAUCGCACAGCUACACUCAUGUCUGAAGGUAACGUGAUAAAAACGCCGGCUCAGCUGAAGAAAGAAGCAGCCAGACAGGCUAAAUUGGAGAAGUUCCAGAAGAAACAAGAGACCCUGAAAGCAAAGGCAGCCGCCCAGGCGGAGAAGCCUAAAGAUGCCAAGAAGAAACCAGUGAAGAGCGGUAAACCAGUUGUGACAACCUACACCUUCGACCACGCUGAGGGGGAGAAGAAGAACGUCUCUGGUGACAUGCCCGCUAGUUACAGUCCUGGUUACGUGGAAGCAGCAUGGUACUCUUGGUGGGAAAAGGAGGGAUUCUUCAAGCCUGAGUACGGCAGAGACAUCUCCCAAACUAACCCAGAAGGUAGCUACUGUAUGGUGAUUCCACCUCCCAACGUAACUGGAGUUCUUCACAUUGGACACGCUCUCACCAACUCUAUAGAGGACGCCCUCGUCAGGUAUAACAGGAUGUUGGGGAAGACUACUCUGUGGGUACCUGGAUGUGAUCACGCUGGUAUUGCUACUCAGGUGGUGGUAGAGAAGCAGCUGAGGAAGACGCGUGACCUGAGCAGGCACGAUAUAGGAAGAGAGGCGUUCAUAGGGGAGGCUAUGAAGUGGAAAGUAGAAAAGGAGGCCUACAUUUACAAGCAGCUCCGAGCGAUGGGAGGAACUUACGACUGGGACAGAGCCUCGUUCACAAUGGACCCUAAGAUGUGUAAAGCUGUUACUGAGGCCUUUAUUAGGAUGCACGACAAGGGUCUUAUCUUCAGACAGAACAGGCUGGUCAACUGGAGUUGUUCUCUUAAGAGCGCUAUCUCGGAUAUUGAAGUGGAGAAGAUAGAAGUGAAGGGCAGGACUCUCAAGAAGGUUCCUGGUUACCUAGAUCCAGUAGAGUUCGGUAUCAUAGAAGAGUUUCAGUAUAAAGUAGUGGGUAGCAACGACACGGUUACCGUAGCAACUACCCGUCUAGAGACCAUGUUAGGAGAUACAGCUGUAGCUAUCCACCCUGAAGAUGCUCGCUACAAACACCUUCACGGCAAAUCUGUGCAGCAUCCCUUCAGGAAGUGUGAGCUACCAAUAGUGUUAGACUCCUUUGUAGACAUGGAGUUUGGUACAGGCUGUGUUAAGAUCACUCCUGCUCACGACUUCAACGAUUACGAGGUCGGAAUGAGACACAAGCUUCCCUUCGUCGAAUGUAUCAGCGGUGACGGUCUUAUCAACGACGUGUGUCCGAUGUUCGAGGGGAUGCGCAGGUUUGACGCACGUGUCGCAGUGCGCCGUGCGCUAGAAGAGCUCGAUCUCUACGUGCAGUGUCUGGAUCACGAUAUGGUGGUGCCCACGUGCAGCAGAAGUAAGGACAUAGUGGAGCCCCUUCUUAAACCUCAGUGGUGGAUAAACUGUAAAGACAUGGCAGCGAGGUCCAUCAAGAAAGUACAAGAUGGUGAACUGAAGCUCAUCCCGAGCCAAUUCGACAAAACUUGGUACAACUGGUUAGAUGACUGCAGAGACUGGUGCAUUUCCAGACAGCUCUGGUGGGGACACCAGAUACCUGCUUACAAAGUCAACCUCUCCGGGAAGGAGUCUGGAGAUCUGGACAACGAUAUGUGGGUAAGCGCUCACACAGAAAAGGAAGCUAUGGAGAAAGCUGUGCUGAAGUUCAAGGUGCCCUGCUUCAGAAAUAUCCCUGAUCCGGGACGAGGAUGUGCUGGACACGUGGUUCAGUUCGGGACUGUUCCCCUUCUCCACAAUGAACUGGCCGGACAACACGGUAGAUCUGAAGACGUUCUAUCCUAACAAUGUGCUGGAGACAGGUCACGACAUUCUCUUCUUCUGGGUCGCUAGAAUGGUCAUGAUGGGACUGGAACUGAUGGACGAGCUGCCGUUUACAGAAGUGUACUUGCACCCCAUCAUACGAGAUGCCCACGGUAUUAAGAUGAGUAAGAGUUUGGGUAAUGUAGUGGAUCCUUUACAUAUAGUGUCAGGGAUAACACUGGAGGAGCUUCAUAAAGCUGUGGAUAAUGGGUAUUUAGAUGAAAAGGCACUGAGUAAAGCACGUGCAGGACAGACCAAACUGUACCCUAACGGAAUUCCCGAGUGUGGAACUGACGCUCUACGCUUCGCUCUCUGCUCUUAUCUAACGCAGGCACGUGACUUGAACCUAGACGUGUUGAGAAUAGAAGGGUACAGGAAGUUCUGCAACAAGAUGUGGAACGCUGCUAAGUUCGCUCUAAUGCAGCUGGGAGACAGCUACACUGCUCCUGACAGGGACCUGAUGACCUGCAAACUGGAGACUGCUAACUUCUCUACUAUUGAUAAGUGGAUAUUGCACAGAGCAGCAGUAGCUAUAUCAGACACUAACACCUCCCUUAAAGAGUACCAGUUCCAGCAGUGCACCACUGCUAUCUACAACUUCUGGUUAUACGACCUGUGCGAUGUUUACUUAGAGGCCACAAAACGCGUCUUUUACAAGGGUAGUGAGGAUGAGAAGGAAGCAGCUAGACACACUCUCUACACUUGUCUGGAUGUGGGACUCAGGCUCAUCCACCCCUUCAUGCCCUUCAUUUCAGAGGAGCUGUGGCAGAGAUUACCUCGGCUAGGAACAGAGACAGCACCCUCACUGGUGGUAGCUUCCUACCCCCGAACUGGAGCGCUCUGGUUGGACACUCAGUUGGAGUCUAGAGUAAACCUCGUCAAAGACAUUGUACAUACCGCCAGAUCUGUGAAAGAUACGUAUUUGGAGUCAAAAGCAAAACCAGAAGUGUUCUUAUCGACCUCGGAAUCAUUGUCUGAUCUCAUAGCUGUUAUGGAGGACUUGAUAGGAAGUACUAAGUUACAUCUUAACGAGUCAAUACCCCUCGGUACUGCUGUAGGCACUGUGGGUAACAGAUGUGAAGUUCAUGUUCUGGUGAAGGGACUUGUGGACCCUGUUCAGGAGAUUAACAGACUGCAAACUAAACGUGAAGGUGUAGAGAAGUUCGUGCAGCAGACGAAGGAAACAAUAGACAAACACACGGACAAGGUUCCGGAACACGUGCGACAAGCUAACUGCAAUAAACUCGGUUCUUUGCAAGACGAGCUGGUUACCAUAGACACAGCUAUCGCUAACUUCAGGAAACUCACUGAUAAUUAGGAGUUUUCAGUUUUAGUUUAGGAGUUAGAUCUGGUCAUAUUCAUCAUCCGACACAUCGUUUAAUAUUUAAAAGGGGAUGUUUUUCCGCUGACUUUAAUUUAUGUGAUUUUCCUGUUUUUACGGAAAUAUUUGAGAUAAUGAAGAGAUUAAUGAAAUAUAGUGUUUUAUUUGGUGACAAGUAAUUUAAGUCUUUGCUUCAAAUUUAGUUAAUUGUAUUU